AUGGGUUCCCGCCGCCUCUAUAUCGGAAAGCUUCCUCCGGAUGCGCGCUCGGACGAGGUACAGGACCUCUUCAAGCCGUAUGGCAAAAUCGUCGACUGCAAAGUUAUGACUGGCUUCGGUUUCAUCGAGUUCGACAGCUCGAGGGAUGCCGAAGAUGCAGUCACAAACGUCAACGGCAAGAGCUUCCUAGGCGGACCGAUCGUCGUCGAGUUCGCAAAGGAGUCGCGUCCUCGCCCUCGUGAUCCCUACCCGGAAGACCGCAGCAGCGCUCGUGCCCGUCGUCCUCCUGGUAUCCGUAUCCUUGUUACGGGUAUCUCACGCGACACCAGCUGGCAGGACCUCAAGGACUUCGGUCGUGAGGCUGGCAGCGUGUCGUUCGCCGACAUUGAUCGCGACGUCCCUGGUCAAGGCAUCCUCGAAUAUCUCUCACGUGAUGAUGCUGAGCGUGCGGUGAAAGAACUGGACGGCAAGGAUCUCCGUGGCCAAUCUGUACGCGUGGCUCUGGGCGACGAAUCGAAGCGCGAUGCCGACAACUACCGCCGCGACGACCGUGGUGGUGGCUACGGUGGCCGUGGUGGCUACGAACGUGGUGGCUACGACCGUGGUGGCUAUGACCGCGGUGGCUAUGAUCGGUACAGUCGUGACGACCGUGGCUACGACCGCGACCGCCACUCGUACCGUGAUGCCCCUCCUCGUCGCGACCGUUCUCGUUCGCCCCGUCGUGGAGACGACGAUCGCCGCGCUCGCUCGCCACCGCGUCGUGACUACGAGGCGUCUCGUUCGGGACGAGACUUUGAAGCUCGCGAAGACAGGCGCUCCGCACGGCCCGCAGACGACGAAAGGCCACCCAGGCGUGAUGACGAUAGGCGCAGCCGUCGUGGUGACGAUGACGACCGCGCUCCUCCUUCGCGUAGUGGCGACGGUGGCUGGUCGCGUUGA